AUGGCCAAAACAGAGGUUUUAGGCAAGAAUUACAGUGGAAAUGCAAGCAAAAGAGAUGAAAAACAUUAUGGCUCUUCUUCAAGUAGAAAAAAGACGAGCAAAAUAAAAAAAUGGAGGAGAGAAUACAUUUCUUACGUUGCCAAAAUGAGAGGGACUUCAAGAAACUCAGGGGAAAAUAACUCAGGAGGGUUAAACUUAAAGGCAGGCGAAAGAGAAAGAGUGAUGGAGCUUCUAAACAAAUUCAGGGAAAUAUGCAGGAAUCUUUCACAGGAAAACAACACCCAGAGAGAAACUAAGGUUUCUGAAGAAUCUGUGAUGAUGAUGAGGAGAAUCGAUUUCUUAGCAGCAAGAGAAGUGAAGAAGAUGAGAUCUCUCUACACACAAAGAACAAAUUCCCCAGGCCCAGUUCCAGGAGUGGAAGUGGGGGACAAAUUUCUGUACAGAAUGGAGCUCAACCUGGUAGGCCUGCACAGUAACAUACAGAAAGGGAUAGAUUUCAUCUGCAAUGGCGCCGGGGAAAGAAUCGCGACGAGCGUGGUGGCCUCGCCGGCGGGAGGGUAUGCCAACGAAACAAGCGACCCAAAUGUGCUGAUUUAUUGUGGGCAGGGCGGGGACAUGGUUUCUGGGAUUCAACAGGAAGAUCAGAGGCUGAAUAACCCAGGGAACUAUGCACUGAAGAACAGCAUUAGAGUGAAGAAUCCAGUGAGGGUGAUUCGAGGCACCAAGGAGAAGGCAUCUUCGUCUUCGUGUAGAGAAGAUGCGACAACGUUUGUGUAUGAUGGGCUGUACGAGGUUGUGGGAUUGUGGAGAGACAGCAGCUGCAAUGGCAAGUUGUUGUACAAGUUUAAGAUGGUGAGGAUUACUCAAUAA